UGAUAACUAAAAAACUAAGGACAUGCGAAUGAGCUUCAACGGUCUAGAUAAACAUCAUCAAAGAAAAAAGAUUUUUGUCUGCUGAAUCUUUAAAGCAACAGAAUUUUGGAAUUCGGAAUUCGGAAUCUUCUGGAUCGAAACAUUGGAACCUUUAGAUUUUGGAACUGGAAUUCGGAACCCUCUGUGGAUCACUGGCAUUGAGUUGGGCAGAGUCUGGCAGGGUUUGACUGAGAGGUAGGGGAGCAAAGCUAUUGGUUUGGCCCCUUUCCCGUGCGUGGGUUCUUCUCUGACAGGAACAGAAUUUACAGUACCAGCGCUGAGAGUCAGAUUACAUGCGACCAUUCCAAUGUUGUAACGGCUGCUUCUGUAGUCUAGGACUGCAGUGUUCCAACUGCGAGAUGACGUCCGAGGGCAGUUACCACCUUCCCCUUAACGUGUAUGUCAUUGUACUGGGCAUUGGUCUCUUCAUCUUCAUGCUCAGCGUUAUCUUCUGCUGCUAUCUGUUCAGGCUGAAGCAACAAGUCCCUCGGGAGCAGUACAGCUACAAUGAGGUGGUUUUAAAGGGGGCAGGAAAGAAGCUUAGUCUGCUUGGACAGCCCUGUGCAGUGUGUCUGGAGGAGUUCAAAACCAGAGACGAACUUGGAGUCUGUCCAUGCUCACACACCUUCCAUAAGAAGUGCCUGUUGAAAUGGUUGGAGAUUAGGAGCGUCUGCCCCAUGUGUAACAAGCCCAUCCUCAGGCUGCAUAACGAGGAGACCCCAAGGGGAGCUGAAGGACCCCAAGACCCUGAGGAGGUGUGAGGGCCAAACCUUAACACCCAUCACCCACUUAAAAAAAAAAAAAAAACAACAAAAAAAAAAACCCUCCAGAACUGCCACGGCGGGGAGGGCUUAACCUUACAACAUGUCUCCAGGACGGUCUCUGGGGGACAAAUAACAUUGGACCUGUCGAACUCAUUGGAGGCAUUUGACACACGGACCUCUCAAAGACCGUACGAUUGGUGGAUGCAUAUAUUAUCACAUAGUUGUGCUAAAGAGGAUUAUUAAACCUCCAAAGACAUCAUUUGGUGGGCUGAGACGGCUAAACGCCACUGAAGAACCGACACCAGACGGGUCAAAGCAAAGGAAAAAAAAAAAAAGAAAGAAGAAAGAAACCCACUUUUUUCUCGCCUCCCCUCGGCUGUAACACUGAGCAGACGGUGUCAAUCAAGAGAUCUCCGACGAGCGACUCUGGACCAGGUCAGAGUUCAAAAGGAGGCGAACGUCUCCUAAGCGCUCAGGUGUUUCCCACGGCAACCGACACACGCGAGCAUUUCCGACACCGAAACCCGUGAGCCCGAAACUGGCCUCACAUAUAAUGUUAAUGCUAUAUAAAAAAAAGGGCAGUUAAAGUAUAACAGAGAGAGAGAUCUGUGGCUUUUAUUGACAGUGUAACGUUUCAGUGACCCUCAAAAAAUAUUAGGUUAAGUAUGUAGUCAAUGAAUGGUACUAUAGGUCUCUCUGCAGGCCUUGUUUUAGUGCUUCAAAGAGAAAAGAUAAGUAUGUGAAUUAGUAACCAGCAGUUUAAAUCUCUUCCUUAUUAAUAAGUAUGUAACCCGGGCAUAAGAAUGACCCCUUUUGUAUUGUUGGAUGUUUUUAAAUAAAAUGUCAAUGUUU